AUGAAUAUUGUAAAAGACAUCUUUAUUUAAGUAAAAUAUUUAAGAAGUAUCAAAAAAAUUAUUAUUUUAUUAUAGAAAAUAAUUAAUAUUUAAUGAAUAUGAUUGCAUAUUAGAAUAAACAUGAGAUUAAUUUUAAUAUUUGAGAAAUUGUGAUAGUANGAGAUAAUUAGUCAUAGUAAUCAUUUAGAGUUUAUGAAAAUUCAACAGUUUUGGAUUUAAUUCUUCAUCUUAACAAAAAUUAAUAAACAGAGGCAGAUAUUAAAUUAUACUUUGAACAACAUAUUUAAUUUUCAGGAGAUUUGAAUUAAUAUUUAAUAGACAUUAUAAGGAAAACAAAAAAUAGAAGCAUAGGGUAUAGGUUAAUUGAAUAGUAUCCCUAAUAAAAAUCUGAGUAGGUAAAAAUUAACUAAUAUGCUUAAUCUGAAAUAUACCCUGAAAGAAGAGUUAAAGCAACUUAAAUUCCAAGUGUUUAUAAUUAAAAUUAGGAUCUAAAUAUUCAUUCAUAAAAUUAAGUUUAGAAAAAUUAAUUAAGAAACAAAGAGAAUUUAUAUGACUAAGAGGAAGAAAGAUUAUCAACAAACGAUAAUCUUGAGCAAGGCAAAUUAGUGUAACACAAAGUUCCUUAUUAAUACCAAUAAUUUUCAUAAUUAGUAUAUCAUCAAGAGUAAAAAACAGAAAAUAAUUAAGAAUCCAAUUAUAAAUUGAGCAUGUACAUAAAAAUAUAUAUAAAGGUCCUAAAAUUUAAGGAAUCUUGAAACAGAAAAUUAAAAAUUAUAGGAUGCAUAUAAAAACCUGUAGAAUAAGUAUCUAAAUUUGAUGGAAGAGAACAAUAGACUUAAGAUAGAAAACUAAAUUUUAUAAAUUAAUCAGAACAAUUAAUAAGUUAAAUAAAUUUCUCCAGUUUCUGAAAGAUUAGAAAACAGAUUAUCUGAAACUACAUACUUCACUAAUAAAUGCAAACAUCAAAUUAAAGAAAAAUAAUUGGAAUAAAUUUUGAGUCAAGCAUUGCUGACUAAAUAGUUGGCAAAAUGUCCAUAAUGUAACAAAAAUAUUAGCAAUAAGCUAUGCUAAUAAUUUAUCAUAUUUGGGCGCUAAUAUCUUGAAAUGAAGAAUUAAAUGGAUUUGUAAGGUUUAAGUGAUAAUAUACAAUAAAAAUUGGAAUAGAAUAAAUAAUUAUCUUUAGUUCGAUGUUAACGUAAAAAUUGUAAUUUCAUAUGUAUUUGGUAAUAAAAUUUGGUAAUAUAAAAACAAUAAGGGUUUUGUCCUAUUUGUUUAUAAAAGUCUUUAGGCAAUCCAUAACUGAAAGGUUAACGUAAUGUCAAUUUACUCUUUAUCAAAGGAACUAAAUGA